AUGGCCACCUAUAGUUCCCGCAAUCACUCGACUGACACACAUCGUACUCGUCGUUCACACCGUUCACGGUCCCGAGACAAGGAUAGGGAGAGAGAACGCCGCGAGAGGCGACGAGAGCGUGAUGAACAUGAUGAACGUCGCGUUCGCGACAAACGUGAACGCUCCCGCGACAAAUACAAGGACCGGGACCUCGACAGGGACCGCGAGAGGCGCAGAGAUCGCGACGGGGAACGCCAUCGCUCAGACCGAGAAAGAGCUGAAAGUCGGCACAGCCACCGCGACCGCGAUGAGCGGGAUAGGCGUAGAAAGCGCGGGGAUGACUUGGACGACGGUCCCGACACUCGGGGCGUUGACGAGCGCUCCAAGAGGAAGCGACACGACGAUGGUCCGGAAGAGUCUUCCCUUCCCGCACCUCCACCGUCUGCAGGACUGCCUCCACCUCCACCGCCUUUGGCCGAUAGCCCCCGCCGUCGCAGAGACCGCUCCAUCGACCGCAGGUCCUCCAGACCGCGUGAUCCCCGCGAUGAUUUCGACGACAUGACCCGCUAUCGACGCGACAGAGAUCGUGAGCGCGAGCCUAGGCAAAGUCGUGGGCCUUCUGUGCCCCUGGAUGACCGCCUGGAUCCCAAAACGCCUCCAGUGAGACGUCCCUCUCCUUCGUAUGAUCUCCCGAUAGAUGAUCCCAUGAACCCUGAUGAACCAAGGGAGGACGACUCUGAAGCCCGGUCUGUAUUUGUCUCACAGCUUGCCGCACGACUUACCGCUCGUGACCUGGGCUACUUCUUCGAAGAGAAACUUGGCGAAGGCACCGUCAUGGAUUCACGUAUCGUGACUGACAGGAUUUCCAGGCGUUCUAAGGGGAUCGGUUAUGUAGAAUUCCGCUCAAUUGAACUUGUUGACAAGGCUAUUUCCCUCAGUGGAACAAUUGUCAUGGGUCUUCCCAUCCAGAUCCAGCACACAGAAGCUGAGAGGAAUAGGCUCCACCCUGGCGAUGGCAACUUGAACUUGCCACCUGGGGUCAGCGCUCCUCAUGGCGGCAUGCAGCUAUACGUUGGUUCUUUACAUUUCAACCUCACGGAAUCCGACAUCAAGCAGGUCUUUGAGCCGUUUGGCGAACUUGAAUUCGUCGAUCUUCACAGAGACCCACAGACCGGCCGCAGCAAAGGUUACGCGUUCGUUCAAUACAAGCGAGCAGAGGAUGCUAGAAUGGCACUUGAGCAAAUGGAAGGAUUCGAGCUUGCUGGGCGCACUCUCCGUGUCAACACCGUACACGAGAAAGGAAGUGUGAAGUACACCCAGCAGGACUCCUUGGACGAGGCCGGCGGUGGUAACUUGAAUGCAGCUUCUCGACAGGCGCUGAUGCAGAAAUUAGCCAGAACUGAUCAACCCUCAACUCGUCCUCAGCCGAUCAUGAAACCCAACAUUCCUCAACAGAUGCAGUCUAGAUCGGUUCUGCUGAAGAAUAUGUUUGACCCUGAGAAUGAGACCGAGAAGGACUGGGACAAAGAUCUUGCUGAAGACGUCAAGGGCGAGUGCGAAUACAAGUACGGCAAGGUUGAAGCUAUCAAGGUGGAGAAGGAAUCCCAGGGUGAGAUAUAUGUAAAAUUCGACUCCAUCGACUCUGCCAAGAAUGCAAUUCAAGGCCUCAACGGACGUUGGUUUGGCGGCAAUCAAGUCUCGGCUAAUUUCAUAUCAGAUGCUAUUAUGCAAGCCCAUCAAUAA